ACAUCGUGAGUGAAUGCGGGUCUUGCACUUGAGAAAAAAACGCUGACUUUGAAUAUUGCAGGUGUCUGUUCAGACCAACAACGUUCACGUUGCGCCCGGAGCGAUCGUCAACAAGUUCUUCGUUUUCGUUGAAGGAUAUUUUAUCGACAUAUUCAAACCAAAAACCUCAACUGUGGUUGCGGGAAAAACCGAUUUAAACGGUCCCGGCGGAAGUGUUCACCAAAUUACCAAACUGAUCAAACACGAAAACAUGUCUUGGCCCCACAACAACGUCGGGCUACUCAGAGUCUGCCCACCAUUUACUAAAAAUUUUAAAAGCGUGGUUCUGCCGAUCAAUAAUCACCAGUGGAAGACGAAUGACGCUGCAAAAUUCAUCUACUACGACUCGCAAGGGAAAUUAACUUCAAUCGAGGCGGCUACUUUGGCAGACAAGGAAUGCAAUGCUCUGAAUUUGCCCAACAACUGGAAGGCAGAAACUGAAGUCUGCACCGUUCACAGACAAGGAAACACAUGUAUUUUCCCGUAUUACCCGCUGCUGUUGGCGAAAGGGCAAUUGGCCGGCGCUCAAACUUGGGGUGUUUGCGACGAAAGCAAGACGGUCAGCCUGACAAGCGAGCAAUUCGUCGACGUCGCCAUGUACACCAAGUGGAUUAGGAAAAACUCCAAGAUUAAAAUGAACAAGUGCUUGCUUUGAUUGCAAUAUUGACUCAUUUAAUAUUAAAGGCCCUUUUACGUAAAGAUUUGUAUUAUUCCAUUUGAAAUAAUACAAAAAUUUAUAUUUGAAAAAAUAUAUUGCAAAAAAAUUCACUCUUUCUUUUGAUACAGAGUCACCUAUUCCCGCCAAAAUCAAUCGCUCUUGAUGACUUGUAAUUUUCUAAUGUGGUUGAAUUAAGUGAUUAAGCAAUCAAAACUUUUAUGGUUUAAAAG